AUGGCCUCCGCGGGGGCGUCUGGCGGCUCUGUGACUGAGCUCGCCUCCAGACUAUACGAUGCAUGCAUUAGCAAGUUUUCCGCCGACCAUCUCUUUUACCAACAAGACCUCUUGGGUCUGGACAUUCUUCCGAAGAAUGACCUCCCGCUUCUUCUUCAAUGUACACAAUCACUCGUCGACCAGAAACUAUUCCGACUACUGCAGGGUAAAAAUGACCGGCUGGCUUGGAAGAUUAUCCCCAGGGAGGAUGCCGAAAAACUGCAGAACCUUAGCCCCGACGAAAGUUUGGUCUACAAUGUGAUUCAUUCGACAGGGCGAUCGGGAAUCUGGGUGCGCGCCAUCCAGAACCGCACCAAUCUACACAAGUCUAUCCUCGACCGAUGCCUCAAGUCCCUCGAGGGAAAGAAUUAUAUCAAGAGCGUCCACAAUGUCAAAUUCCCCAGUCGCAAGAUGUACAUGUUGGCCGGUUUGGCACCUAGCGAAGACGUUACUGGCGGCGCAUGGUUUACAGACGGAGUUUUAGACGAGAACUUCAUCAAUGUUGUCUCCGGAUUCAUCGAGUUCUCGGUCAGCAAGAAAAGUUGGUACGAAGUGCCGGCCUCAGACAAAUCCCGCAGCAAGCGGUUAAAGACAGCGGGGGGAAGCGUGACGGUUAAGAAGGAGUCUGGCCAACGGGAAUACCUCCCAUACCCUCCAGGCUACAAGGGAUAUCCCACUAUUUCCGACUUAACCGCGGCCGUCAACCAGAGUGGUAUUACCCCUGUUCGCCUAGGAGAAGAAAGCGUCACACAGCUCCUCGAAAUGCUUUGUUACGACAACAAACUCGUAGCCCUGAAUAACGGCGAAUACUACAAAUCCGUCAAGAACCCAGAAGAAGUCAAAGCCCGGCAAGCACGCAAACCAGACGAGGAUCCAUCCGCCACCGAUGAUCGAUUAGUCCGGAACGGCAUGACAGAAGUGCCCUGCGGGCAAUGCCCUGUCUUUAAUCUCUGCGUGCCGGGCGGCGCCGUGAGCCCGGAGAACUGCGAAUACUUUGAGACUUGGAUUCACGAGAAGAGCCCUUUCUCUUUCUAG